GUAUCAUGUCAUGGGAUAAUUUGGUUAGCAUUGUCACUUGCGUUUAUUUGGAUUCUUAAUUCUAAAAGUUUAUACCAAGUACAAAUUAAUUUAAUAACAGCUCUAUUAUUAGACAUUAUUAUUAUUGCUAUAUUGAAAGCUUUAACAGGAAGAAAAAGACCAGCACAUAACAAUGAUCCUUUUUCGAUAGGACCUGAUAAAUAUGCUUUUCCCUCAGGUCAUGCUUCACGUUCAAUGCUUAUUUUUUACUUCUUUGCAUAUAUAUGGCCUGUGUCUGCUAUUUUUCUUAUAAUAUUAUUAAUGUGGGUAUUUGCUGUAGUUAUGUCUAGGAUUUUAAUGAGGAGACAUCAUAUUCUUGAUGUUUGUGCAGGAUUACUUGUAGGUUAUGCUGAAGGAAUGCUUAUGAAUAUUUUGUAUUUAAAUAAUGAAACAUGUUUAAAUUUAGUAUCUUGGUUAAUUAAUGAGAAAAUGGCUGGUGCAGAAUAUGAUGUUUAAAAUUAAUUUACUUUACUUCUUAAAUAUAUAUAUUAAGUUGAUAUUAA